AUGCAUGUUGGACAGAACAUCCUCACUCACAAGUUGAAAGCCACCCUGGACCAACGUCGUCGGGAUGGCCGGCUCCUCGUCCCCCCUGUCCCAGUGACUCUUGCUGACACCGUUGAUUUCGGCUCUAAUGACACGUUGAACCUGUCGGGUUCGGGGCUGUUAUCAGCGGCGUUUUUGCGGGAGCUAGAACGACAUCCUGGGUUCACCAUUGGUAGCACCUCGGCCCGUGCUUUCGAAGGCACCAGGAAAUAUCUUAUCGAUCUUGAAGAUGACCUCGCCAAGUUCCAUGGCGCCGAGGCAGGGGUGUUUGUCAACUCUGGCUUUGACGGUAACGUGGCCAUCUGGUCCGCGAUCCCUCAACCGGGUGACUUCAUCGUGUACGACGAGCUGGCGCACGCCAGCAUCCACGAUGGCAUGCGCAUGGGCCGUGCAACCUGUCUACCAUUCCGACACAAUGACUGCGAGGCCCUGAGAGCCCGUCUGGAAGAUAUCCGCAAUCAUAACACAGGGGUGGCGUCGGGUGAGAAUGUCGUGUUUAUAUCCAUAGAGUCAUUCUACAGUAUGGAUGGAGACGCGGCCCCGAUCCAUGGGAUUGUGGCCGCCGCCCGCGAGGCGCUUCCGGGUGGCAACUAUGUGUGUGCCAUAGAUGAAGCCCAUUCCAACGGGCUCGUAGGUCCCAACGGGUCUGGAUUUGUUUGUCAUUUUGGUCUGGAGAAGGAAUUUCCUAUUCGACUGAACACGUGCGGCAAGGCUCUGGGGUCGACGGGAGCGAUCAUCCUCUGCAAUGAGACCGUGAAGGCCGCACUGAUCAACUAUGCCCGCAACAUGGUUUACAGUACGGCGCCCAGCUUUCUCUCCGCGGCGGGGGUACGUGCGGGGUAUGAAUUGGCGGCCAGCGCCGAGGGCGAAAAGCGUCGACAGCUCGUACAGCAGAAAGUGCGGUACUUCUACCGUCUGCUGACUGACAAUCCCAAAUGGCGGCAGGCCAGUCGCAGCGGUAUCGUUCGCCUCCCAACGGAGAAGACCUGGGCUACCAGGCCGUUACAGUCGCCCAUCAUCGCGCUGAUCGCUCCGCUGGAGGAGGCUGACAACCUGGCUGAGCAUCUGCGCAACGGCAGGUUCUGGGUGAAUUCGGUGCAUUUUCCCACCGUGCCGAAGGGGAUGGAUCGUGUUCGGAUGGUGAUUCACGCGCAUAACACCAAGGAAGACAUCGAGGCCGUCGUAGGUCGGGUCUUGGGGUAUGCGACCGAGAAGCUGGAGUCGCAGAGUCUGCGUGCUGGACUGUAG